AUGGCCACGUCCACCGUGCAAUCCAACGUAAGUUCCGAUAACCAACAAAAAUUAGAAACUUUGAAGAGACUACGAGAAAACGUCAAUUGGGAAAUCGAAGACAAGCGAUAUGAACUGCUCAAUCAACUUUAUCCCUUGGUCAAAAAUUGGACGAAUCAACUUCCAAAUCUCCGGGACAUUUUUCGGGCCGAAGAAAUUGAUUGGUUUCUUAUAGAGUCUAUCAAGUCCGCGGAUUUUGAGAAUUUCAGAGUUUAUAUAGUUCCAUUCGUAAAUUUCUUGCGCAGAACCGGCUAUAAGGACGAACCUAAAUUAGACAAAGAUGGCACGCCACUUUGGCGUCACACCACACCAGUUAGCAGUUAUUAUACCAGACGCGUCAUCUUUGAUCUCUUUAAAAUAUACGAAAGAUAUAGAGGCUGCACUUAUUCAGAUCUCGCUGUUGUUCGAAGAUUCCUCGAGCUCGGUCAGGAUCCCAAUUGUCUCAUACGAAAAACGGGUCGAUCGACGCUACACAUGGCUCUGGCAGGUGACAACAGUUUAUUAUCCUCAUUGCUACUAACAGAAGGCGCUGAUCCUUUAUUAGCAGAUCAGGAUGGAUUAACACCUCUUCAUAUUGCUUGCACGGUAUUCCACACUGAUUCAAUAAUCAAAAGACUCCUCAAAUAUCCGAUGGUACAAGUCGAUGCUCUGGACAAGUUCGGCCGGACACCUUUACACUAUACUGUGAUGGUGAAAUAUAAUGUUGUACCAAAACAUAUCCAAAUGUUGCUUGAAAAUGGCGCUAAUCCGAACUCAGCAGACUUGGAUGGAUUAACACCUUUGCAUUUAAUUUGCCAGAGAAAAUACGAUGUCGACUUGAUAGAACCAUUUUUUAAGAUCUGUGGCAAAAAUCAUCAACUAGUGCAGGUCGACCCUCAAAAUAAUCGGGGUCGAACACCACUAUAUUAUGCUGUAGCGAAUCUUUUUCCAAAUAAUGUAGAUUCUCUUUUGAAUCGAGGGGCUGAUUUAUCUAGCUUGGUUUUCCCAACUGAAAGUUACUUCGAAGAGGGAAUCAAAGUGUGGCAAGAGCGAUAUUAUGAUUAUAAAUUGAGAAUAGCGUCUGGGGCUAUGGGUGUCGUGGACAAUCUUGAGGAAAGAGGAUACGAGCUAGAUCAAAACAACGUUUUCAUGAUCAUGAAAUGGUACGCCAAGUAUGGAUUGUUCGAAAAGUCGGAGGAACUUGAAAAAUGUCUCGAGGACGAGGAGUUUAUGUUGCUAUGCUGA